AAGAUAGUGUAUGUAAAAUAUAGUAGAAAAAUGACUAGGUAUAUAUUUUAAAGCAAGAGCAUAAAAUCCAAGGCAGAAAUGGGGAACCUGCAGGUCAGAAUGGUGUGGUUUGACCGCUACCUAUACCAAAAAUGAAUGUUACUCAACAAUUUAGUGCAGAAUCUGUGGAGCAGGUGCUCAUCUAACUCAUUUCACCAACCCUUUCAUUUAAGGCAUGCUAACAGAGAGUCAAAACAAACAGGAAAUAUGUUCUUCAUUCCAGUUCUCUUCUUAAGCAGAUAGUAUAGCCUGUCUGCACUUAAAUUUCUUCCUCACAGAAAGAAGACAAUCUUCAGAAUGAGUGAGAUGAGGGAGGAGGAACAGGGUCCACAAGUGAGCCAGACCAGAAAGCUUAGAGUACUCUGUCUCCAUGGAUUCAGGACAAGUGGGAGCUUUCUGCAAAAGCAAGUCAGCAAAUGGGACUCUUCUAUCAUGGACAAGCUUGAUAUGACUUUCUUGGAUGGGCUGUUUCCUGCUGGAGGGAAGUCUGAAAUUGAGGGAAUCUUUCCUCCUCCCUAUUAUGAAUGGUUCCAAUAUAAUGAGGAGUUUACUGAAUACACUAACUUGGACAAAGGAUUUGCCUUCAUUGCUGAUUAUAUGGAGAAGAAUGGCCCCUUUGAUGGGUUGCUUGGAUUUUCCCAGGGGGCCACUCUGUCUGGUGCUCUAGUUGGGUAUCAAAGGAAGGGAGUGCUGCUGAAAAACCACCCCCCUAUAAAGUUCAUCAUAUCUGUUUCUGGAACCAAGUUCAGAAAGCCAGAGAUGUGUGAAAUUUUGUAUACUCCAACCAUAGAAUGCCCAUCUGUUCAUAUGAUAGGUGCCAAGGACUGGUUGAAGGAACCCAGUGAAGAAUUUACACAGGCCUUUAAGGAUCCUUUGGUUAUCAAACACCCACAGGGCCACACUGUUCCAAGAUUAGAUACCGAAGCAGUCAAGCAGCUGAAUGAAUUCAUUGACAGCUUGGUGCUGAAGGAAGCCGAAGAAAAACCAGAGAAUGGACAUAUGUUACAAAGUUCAACUGAUGAAUCUACUGAGAUAAGUAAACCUAUAUGCAAUGGCUCCAGCAUGGAUAUGGUUGAUGGGAUUAUACCAGUAUCCACAGAGUCUUUAUCAGCAUAGAACAGUGACAAUCUAGGACACAGAGAAACCAUUGGAUGAAUACUGCUGUGAAAGUUUAUUUGAAAGCAGCUUUAAAGACUAUUCAUAGUUAUAUUUUUCCUGGUCUUGAUGAAAUCAGGGGAUGAUCUUAGAAUCACUUUUUUUAAUAGUUUUAAAGAGUUUUUAAUGUUAUUUAAAACACAGCUAUAGUUUUCUUUAUCUGUAUUAUUUCAGUCAAAGCUCAUCAUAAACAAUUACCUCUUUGCUGAUCUAAGAUAACAGAAGACAGUAAUUUCAGAGUUCAUAAAGAGGGAGCUUCUUUUUUCUGUUAAGCACAAAACUUCAUGAGUACUGUUUGGUAAUUAUUAGUUUUGCUGAUUAUUGGUUUUC